AUGUUCGACAUCUCGCUAGCAUGGCGGGCGCCGAAAAUCAACCCCAUCAACCAGAAGGCCUACUCUAUCCCAGUCUUCAACCCCAUUAACGUCUAUGGGCGGGUGUUCUUCUUCUCGUGGUUCGGUUUCUUGAUUGCUUUCUGGUCCUGGUAUGCGUUCCCACCGCUUCUACACGACAUCAUCCAGGCGGACUUGCACCUCACCCAAAUACAAGUCGCGAACUCGAACAUCGUUGCCUUGACAGCUACCCUUCUUGUCCGUCUAGUUGCUGGUCCGUGUUGUGACAGAUUCGGUCCUCGAUGGACAUUCGCAGGAUGCCUCCUUGCCGGCUGUGUCCCGACUUUCCUCGCCGGCGCGGUCUACAAUGCUUCUGGCCUCCUCGCGCUCCGGUUCUUUGUCGGCAUCCUCGGUGGUUCAUUCGUGCCUUGCCAAGUCUGGACGACUGGCUUCUUCGACAAGCACGUUGUCGGGUCGGCCAAUGCUUUGACUGGCGGUAUUGGUAAUGCCGGUGGUGGCAUCACGUACUUCGUUAUGCCUGCCGUCUACGAGUCCCUCGUCCAUAAUGGCCUUACUCCUCACGUCGCCUGGAGGGUUACGUUCAUCGUACCUGGUGUUCUCAUCCUAAGCACCGCCAUUGCUAUGCUGCUCCUGACCCCUGACUGCCCGACUGGCAAGUGGUCUGAGCGCCAGGCUGCUGCUGAGGCCAUCUUGCGCCGUGCCAGCGUAUCACACGGCGUCGUUCCGGUCCCUGGUCACCUUGCCGACCGGCAGACAUCUGGUACCGAGUCACCCAACUACUCCGAGGAGGACAAGUCCGACAAGAAGAUGGAUGCGGAGGCCCAGUCUGUUGACCACACCGUCGAAGAGGCCCGCGGCGAAGUCAUCCAGAAGCCAACAUUUAAGGAGAUCAUGAAGGUCGCAAUCUCGCCUCAGACCAUCGUCCUCGGUGCCGGUUACUUCUGCUCUUUCGGCGGCGAGUUGGCGAUUAACAGCAUUCUCGGCACCUUCUACGGCCGGCAGUUCCCGCAGCUCGGUCUCCAGACCGCCAGUAACUGGGCCGCGAUGUUCGGUCUUCUCAACGUCCUUUUCCGUCCCCUAGGUGGCUUCGUCAGCGACAAGAUCUACCACGCGUGCGGUGACAGGGUCUGGUCCAAGAAGAUCCUCAUCCACGUAUAUGGCGUCAUCACCGGCGUCUUCCUCAUCAUCAUCGGCAAGGUCAACUCGAGAGACCACUCCACGAUGUUCGGCCUCGUUGCUGGUAUGGCUUUCUUCCUUGAGGGCGGCAACGGCCUCAACUUUUCCCUUGUGCCACACGUGCAUCCUCAUGCCAACGGUGUCGUGUCCGGCUUCACUGGUGCGGCUGGUAACUUUGGCGGUAUCAUAUUCGCCAUCAUUUUCCGGUACAAUGGUCUCAACUACAUGAGGGUGUUCUGGAUUAUGGGCAUCAUGAUGAUUGGCAUAAACUUGGCGGUUGCGUGGAUCAAGCCGAUUCCCAAGGGCCAGAUUGGUGGUCACUAG